AUGGCCAAGAAGAGGGCGAGAGAAGCCGACGGUGCGGCGCCGGACCCGGACAAGAUGCAGGAGGAUGAGAGCUCAGACGACGAAUCGCUCCUCAGACAGCUGCUCGAUGUCGACUCACAAUUAUUCGACAUCUCGGGCCUGGCGGACCUGAUACUGUCACAGCCCACCAUCGGGUCCACCGUCAAGACCGACGGCAAGGAGGCGGACCCGUACGCCAUGCUCACGGCCCUCAACCUGCAGGAACACCGGGCUAAGAAGCCCCUGGCGGACCUCAUCCAGUACCUGGGCGAGAAGGCCAAGGCGACCGAGUCGCUGUCGGCGCUGCCGGAGCUGCUGGCGUCGGGCCAGCACGUGGGCCUGGUGCUGUCGGAGCGGCUGAUCAACAUGCCGUCCGAGAUCGCGCCGCCCAUGUACAACCUGCUGGCGGACGAGGUGGAGGCGGCGGUGGAGGACGGGGAGCCGUACGUCUUCUCGCACUACCUGGUGCUGUCCAAGACGUACCACGAGGUCGAGUCGACGCUCGACGUCGAGGAGCGCCGCAAGAAGAAGGGCAAGGUCGCCGAGCCCGCCACCUACUACUUCCACCCGGAGGACGAGGUGCUGCAGAAGCACGCCCUGGCUCACGGCAGCUACGCCUUCACCAAGAACGACGAGGCCGUCGCCGACAGCAAGCGCGCCUUCCAGGAGAUGGGCAUCGUGUCCAAGGGCCACCUGAUCCUGAUAGAGGCUGGCAAGUUUGGUGGCGCCAUCAAGGCGAUGAAUGAAUAUUUAAGCCCUCCGUCAUGA